AUGGCAGACGGCGCCCGUGAAAUCAAGGACAUCAAGCAAUUCGUUGAAUUAACCAGACGUGCUGACGUUAAGACCGCUCUUAUCAAGGUCAACCAGAAGUUGAACGCCAACGGUAAGAAGUUCAAGCAGACCAAGUUCAAGGUCAGAGGUUCCAAGUACACUUACACCUUGGUCGUCAACGACGCCGCCAAGGCCAAGAAGUUGGUCCAGUCUUUGCCAACCACCUUGGAAGUCACCCACUUGUAAAUUUCCUAACGUUAUUUCCAAUUGAUAACACACAAAAGGUUUUUAUGAGGGUUU